AUGAGGCGCGCGGCGGCGGCGGCGGAGCGCGUCUCGGAGCUGGGCUUUCCCCCGCGCGGCUGGCGCCGGGAGCCGCCUUUUCCGCUGGGUGUCACUCGGGGGUGGGGGUCUGGUUCAUUGAAAAGCGCCGCGAGGGGGGCCCGGCCAGUGCCCUUCGGUGAGCGCUCGCGGGCGGACGGCGGAGGUCGCGGCGGCGGGACCUUGCGCCCCAGGACGCGGCUGCCCCUGCGCGCGGAGCCCGGGCCGCUGCGCCCGCUGCUCCCUCUGCGCCCGCUGCGCCCGCUGCGCCCGCUGCGCCUGCUGCGCCUCGGCCUCCUGUGCGCGCUCCGGCCGGGCGGCCGCGGGAGCCGCGGGAGCCGCUGGGGCGAGGACGGCGCGCGGCUGCUGCUGCUGCCCCCGGCCCGGGCGGCGGGGAGCGGAGAGGCCGAGCCGGGCGGCGGCCCCGCCUAUGCCGGGAGGAUGCUGGAGAGCAGCGGCUGCAAGGCGCUGAAGGAGGGGGUGCUGGAGAAGCGCAGCGACGGCCUGCUGCAGCUCUGGAAGAAAAAGUGCUGCAUCCUCACCGAGGAGGGGCUGCUGCUGAUCCCGCCCAAGCAGCUGCACAGCCGCCGCCGCCGCCCCCAGCAGCCGGGGCCCGGCCCGGCCGAGCCGUCCCAGCCGGGAGCGCCCGCCGCCGCCAGCCUCGAGCCGCCGGGCAAGCUCAAGGAGCUGCACUUCUCCAACAUGAAGACCGUGGACUGCGUGGAGCGCAAGGGCAAGUACAUGUACUUCACCGUGGUGAUGGCCGAGGGCAAGGAGAUCGACUUUCGGUGCCCGCAGGACCAGGGCUGGAACGCCGAGAUCACGCUGCAGAUGGUGCAGUACAAGAACCGCCAGGCCAUCCUGGCCGUCAAGUCCACGCGGCAGAAGCAGCAGCACCUGGUGCAGCAGCAGCCGCCGCCCCCGCAGCCCCCACAGCCCCCGCAGCCCCCGCAGCCCCCGCAGGCGCAACCCAAGCCGCCGCAGCCGCAGCAGCUGCACCCGCACCCGCACCCGCACCCGCUCCCGCUCCCGCACCCGCACCCACUCGCGCACCCGCACCCGCAGCCGCACGGCCACCGGCUGCUCCGCAGCACCUCCAACUCCGCCUGAAGGGGCCACCCAGGUGCGAGGACCACACGUGGGACGAGCACCUUUGCACCGUCACUUGCACCUGAGAAUCGUCUCCCCGCCCCGCGCGCCCCGGGAGCUCGCCCCGGGAGCUGGACGCCUCCCUGUCUCCUCCUCGCCCCCCGCGCCCCCCAUCGCAGCGCAGGACACCUGCCGCCCCGAGGGCUCGCUAUUUAUGGACCUUUGCGAGGAUCUUCCAGUACGGUGGACCUUCUAGGAGCAACGAUGUACUGUAAUUUUUAUUUUAAUGUAUUUUGAUUUAUGAUUAUUUAUUAGUUCUUUUUUUUUAAAUGCUUGUUUUAAGACAUUUCUGAAUGUAGGCCAUUUUCCAGGAAAAAAAAAAAAAAAAAAGAAAAGAAAGAAACUCUAUUUUCAAGAACUUAUUCCCUAGUAAACUCUAAUCUUGGAAAAGAAGAAAAGAAAAAAAAAAGUAGAAGGGCGGUGGAGGGGAAAACGUUAAACAUUCAUUAUUCCUAGGGCAUUUCCAGAAGGUCUGACACUUUCGUUGUUUUGCCAGGUGGUUGAAAUUAAACUCUGUGAUAUUACUUCACUUUUACUUUGAGAUUUUUUUUUUUUUCUUAGACAUACAUUUUCUUUCGAGUAGAAGUUUUCAAAAGCUCAGUGUUCGGAAUCGUAUAACUAUGAAAAUCUAAUUCCUUUUCUAAAAGGAGAUUUGUAGUAGUGAUAUCUAAUUCCAAAUAUUUAACACAUAACCCAACUGAUGGCAGGAUGAGCGUAUCCUGAAUAAAUGGUAGGGCUGAUGUAAUGGAGGAAAAGCUUUGCUUAUGUCAUCUGUUUGAAGGGGCUAAUGAGACUUCUGUGAUUUCUGAGUAUGAGUGCAUUAGGCGUUUCAUUUCAUCAUUUCAAAAAAAAAAAAAAACAGCGGGGCGGGGGUGGAGGUGGGGGGAAGAGAACUGUUCAACUUGUUGGAGAGAACAUUUGUGCUCUUACCCACCCUAGAGAUUACCCUUCUCUGAGAGCUUUGCACACUCUACUUGAACACCUUUUCUGACCCUUUUACUGUAUUCUAGAAAUGUACUCUAGAAUCUCAUAAUCUAAAAUAGAUAUUUUAAAUAUUUCGAAGGACUAGGAGUCUUAGCUUUUUUGUAUUCAUACCGAAAAUACUGCUGAGCAGAGAAACCAACUCUUCUGCUUCUUACUGCUCUGUGAGACAUGAGGGUCGUAUAUCAUGUAGCCAGGUUAGCUAAACUCAGACAUUGAAAAAGGAAGGACUGGAUAAAGCCUGGAUUUUCAGUAAGAAAACAACCCAGUCUUGUUUUAGCAGCCACUUGUUCAGGAGUCUGAGGGGUGGGGUGGAGCAGCGGGGGAGGAUGUGCUUUUAAAGGUGGAACAAACCCUCUUCUGUAUCAAAUCAAAAGGAUGGUCCAAAUCCACAAGGGCAGAUGCUGCUUAGGCUUAAAAAAGAACCCUAGUUGAUACCAAAUCCUCCUGGGGCUGAAAAUCACUUCCUAUCUGCAUGCCUUUAUUGAUGGUCUCUGUUUUCCAUUAUCUUUUUCACAAAGUCUUGAUCAGUAUUUUUCCAGCAUCCAAAUACUGAAUGGUCAGUAUUACUAGGCCAUUGCUAAGUUGCAGAGUCGAGAAAGGAAAAGAGAAGGCCGUGCUAGAGACCUCUUUAUUCUCCUUCCACCUAGAAAGGAGUUGAGAUCAAAUUCCUUUCUAGUACAAUAUUUAAAUGAUGAAUUUUGGGGUCACAACUCUAAUCUGAAAAGUUGUGGGUUGGGGGGGGGAGUUCAAACUCAGGCAAAUAGCAAGUACACCUUAAGGGACUCCCACUUCCAGUGGCUAAGUCACAGUUCUGGAAAUAGGCUGCAAAGGUCAGAAACGUAAAUAGAUACACACAGACGCACACACACACGUGCAUAUACGUGUAGGUAUGUGUGUGGGUAUGACGGGCAGUUCUGACAACAGAUCUGAAGAGUUCUUAACUGUGCUUCGGCUUCUCUCGAACCACGGUUGUGCUUUUUAGAUAAUGCCUCGUUGUAUGGUCUUAAUAUACGCAGGCCCUAUAGCCCCCGAUUCAACCGUAGUUUUUGUCUCUCAAGUUUUUGUGCUAUAAAAAAAAGAAGUCCAAUCCAUACCAAAUAUUUUUAAGAUUAACAUUGUUGGGGGCCCUUCAAAGGCCUUUGUAUGUUGUCCACUUAUGCACAGGCGAGGUAGCGUGUGGGAGACAAUAGGGAGACAAUAGGCCCAGGCUUUCUUCGGGGCUGGAAUUUUCUCCUGCCCCCUCUCCCCUCAGAGGCUGGCUGUUAAGGGGCCUCCAGAUUCCUGGGGCCUUCGUCCGCCCCUCCGCGGCCCUGUCCCUGGUCUGCUGGGACAGUCCCCCCACGCUGGCCCUCCCGGCAGCCCUCUCGCCUCAACCCUUCUCAGCAUUUACCUGUGAGACCUCAGAAAUGAGAAAGGAGGGGGACAGGAUGUCUUGUUGUUUGACACUUUGAGCCCAGGGUGGCUGGAUCAUUUUUUCAGAACAGCACAAGCAGCACACAGGACACAGAGGCAAGCCACUCCCUGUGUCAGCGGCCAGUGUACCAUAUUCUGUAAGAAAACGAUACAAACCACCCGAGGUCAUUGUGUUUUUAAAGAUUUUAUUUAUGUAUUCAUGAGAGAGAGAGAGAGAGAGAGAGGCAGAGACCCAGGCAGAGGGGGAAGCAGGCUCCCCGCAGGGAGCCCACGUGGGCCUCGAUCCCAGGACCCGGGUCACGGCCUGGGCCCAAGCAGGUGCAGCACGCCUUGGCCCCUCGCCUCAGGCCUGACCGUGGCCAGCUUGUGGCCAGUGCGAGUCCAGCACAUUGCCUGUUUUCCGUCCCCGGGGCAAGUGACUUGGUUUGCCUUUGGCUCCAGGGCCGAGGACAGGGCCUGAGACUGAGUGCAGCCCGAGCCUCGAAGGUGAAAACCGGCCUGGGGCCCUGGGGGCCCUCGGGCUCCUCUUUCGAACCUGCCGAGCUCGCUGCUGGGGCUUUGCCAGGAAGCCACCCCGAGCAGCAGCGUAAAAUGUGGGAAUCCCAGGGCUCACGUCCAGUGCAUCCGCGACUCUCCCAAGAGACACGCACACAUACCUAAAGCACCCUAAGCUGGACUACCCAUGGAGUUCUGUUGAAUGGGUUUUAAAGAUCGGUUUUGUAGACUUGACACAAUUCGAAGGGCAACUUUUUGAUCUGCAGUGUUGAACGGAUCUAGGGCUACACUAGGUUGGAUGACAAGGCGGCCUGUGACUUUGUCGGCAGGACAUCUGCCAAGUGGAGGAAGGACUCCACCGGGGUUUUCCUGGCAGGGCCCCUGUGGUACAGUGAAGGCGGCAGAAGGACCCUGGAAGCAUCUGCAUAAAAGCAUAAAAGCUGGUGAGACCUACUGCCACCUGCUCUGAAGUGACCUGUCCGGGAUCAGUUAGGCCCGGUGGUGGUGGUGGGGGCGGUGGGUUCAAUAAUACGUGGUCCUUCUAGAUCACUGUAUUUAUUUUGUGAGGAAGGAUAAAACUACCGUCCGUUACAUUCCACCAUCCGUCUUCCGCUUAAGGUUUUAGAAUUUGCAAGUAUCGGCUUCUGAAAACCAAGCAUCACCAGGUACCACAUGCUUUAGAAAGUGCAUCACAUUUGUGAACUUAAUAGUGUGGUCGCAAUUUGUAUAAAUAUGCCUCUAAUGACUUUUGGGAGAUGUGAUAUAUUUUUCAUAUUUAAAUGCAUUCCACUUCAAAUAAAGUAUCUAUUGUGAUGACCAA